AUGCCCCGGUCCCACGGUCGUCAGAGAGGGCCAUCGCAACCUCGCCAAGUCUUGGGCGCGAGGGUAGCGCGGUAGCGCCCUACCAUGCGCCUGCUCGAGCGCCUGCUGCUGGGCGUCCCGCUGCUCGACCCUCCUCUUCCUCCCGCUCUGAUCAACAGAAUCAGCCCCCCCGCACGUCAUGACAACAACCCAACCGAUCUUGGUAUUGCGACAAAUAUACGAGCCCGCUGUGCAGCUGUGCAGAACGGACAGCGUGGUCAGCGACUCAGCGCGAUGGCCGACCCGACGCUGAACGCGACUGUUUCCUGA